AUUCCAAGGGAAACGAGAAAAAAAAGCUAUGAAUGUGUCUUUUUGUAAUUUCAGAGCUCCCUUUAAUUCAUACCACACCACUUUCAACACAAAUAGGACAAGAAAGAAGGGAAAACCUAGAACAAGAAAAGAGCUCGCUGAAUUCAUAGAUAUUUCGUCCUGCAUAAGCAAAACCAUCAGACCUGUUUCUCAUCAAAAUAAUCUAGAAGCUUCAAUUCAAGACUCGGUAGAGAGUCCAUUGCCUGUACAAAGAAAUAUAACGGAACCUCUUCUGUCUAAAAACUCAUUGUCUUCAAAAACUCAAAUUAUAUUCAAGUUGCCCAUUUUACCACCGCCAUCACCUUCUGCCAAAGCAGCAGAAGAGGUUCAAAUACCGAAACUUCCUUCAAAAAACUUUCCUUUAAAAAUUUCAUCUGUACAGAACACCCAGAAUACUCAGAAUACUCAGAAUAUUGAAAAUGAUCAAAAUCAAUCAAACAAUUCCAAUCAAGCAUUUAAGCCAUCGAUUAAAUUAGACUCAUGCCAAAAAAAUCUCUCGAAAACUGAUAUUAACACACAGUCUAUGUUGAAUAAUCAAAAAUCAUCUAGCUUACCAGUUUUUACCAUAAAAUCGACAUUACCCAAUGCCGAGCCUAUCAAAAAGAGUAAAAGAUGCAAUUCUGAUGAAACAAGCAAUGACUCUUCUGUUCUUGAAUUAAAUUCAUCGCCAAUAAAGAGAUCUAGAAAACAACAUGACCAUAAUUUAAAUAUUAUCAAUUCAUCAAUUGACUCAAAAAAAGUUUUAAAUUUCUACUCCUCGCCAAUAAAGCCCUCAAAAUCAAUUGAUACAAAUGAUUUAAUACAAAAACCAAAGCUUAGGCUUUUUAAAAAGGUUUCUAAAAGAGUUAUAUUUUCUAAUAAUACUUUUUCAUUCAAAAAUCAAGAAACUAAUAUCUCUGAAAAGGGAGUCCUGAGAAAUAAAUCUCCUUUGAAAUCGAUUUUAAAACCUUCUCUAAAACCACCAGUUUUCAAAAACAAAUCAAAAAUUGGUAAUCCAAAUGCUAACAUUUUGAAUUCCACUAAUUCCAACUCUUUUAAUUCUGAAGCUAUUACUUCUGUGGCAUCCAAACCAAGUAUUGAUUUAUUGACAGAUGAUCAGGAGGAUCAAAGAGAUUUCUCAAAUGAAAAUUACUGGCAACCUGGGGUCAUUUUUGAACCAAAAGAUUACAAAAUAAAUAACGUCAAAAUUUUGAUUAAAGGAUGUUUGAAAGUUUUGUUCAAUGAAAAAAGUGAAAGGAAAUUUGAGAUUUAUGCCACUUUAAAUACUUUACUUAAGAAAACAAAACAACCAGUUAUUGUACAGGCGCUUAAAAAUAGAUCAUCUGCAAUAAUUCAAUUUAUCAAACGAGAUUUUGUUCUUGCAGAGAAAGAUAUUUUUAAAUUCUUGAAUCUCGAUGAAUUCGUAUUUGACUCACUUUGUUCUAAUUUGUCGACUGGGGACUCAGACACUGCUUUGGUUCGAAAAUCACAUACAUAUUUAUCUUUAAAUAAAUCUUUAAACUCAGUGUUUUUCAAACAAACCUCAAUAUCCGAAAAUCCUUCUUCUUCGCAAAUUACCAAAAUAUCUAACGACCCAUUUUUGAUAAGGAUAUAUGUUCAGAUCUUGAAGUUAUUUUCAUUCUUUUGCUCAAAACCCGAGAUGCUAUCAUCUGAUGAUUUUAAUGAUAUUGCUUUUAUUCUUGAUCAUAUUUGCGAUAUAAUAUCGUAUUCCAAUUCAAUUUCUUCAAGCUUUAUUUCAAAAACCAUUUCUUCCACAUACAUGCAGUUGUUCAAAGAUCUUAAAAUACUUGGCAAUAAUCUCAACUCAUCAAAUUAUAAAGUGUCAAAGACAACUCUAAGUAGCUCUGUUACAAAUGUAAAUACCGGAUCUAGCUUGAAAGUUUCAACAUCAAAUAAUCAACUAUCGCUUGAAUUGAGCGAGAGAUUGUUAUUGAAUUUAUUGAAUUUACCCGUUGGCAAAUCAGUUUCCCUAAUUAUUGAAAAAAUUUUAGCUAUUAAAAACUUCGUGCUCAUUUUCCCUAAUAUGAUGAUCAAAAAUAUACAAUUUUACUUUAAGUUUUUAAUAAUUAAUUUGUUUGACUUGAAUGGGAUAAUGUAUCUAAGGGUUCUUUUGGCUCUAAACUUAUGCUUCAUGGAAAUGUCUCGUGUAUUUAUUGACAGUAACGUUACAUCCUUUUAUAUUUUUAGAACUUUGAAUAAUCUAGUCUCAUCAGAUAUGCUUGAAAUCUUGCAGGAAAAACAAAAACUUACUCAAUCAUCUACUGGUGUUGAUUCGUAUGUUGGUCCUGAUGUAUUAUCAGAGGCCGACCCAAAUAAGAAACAUAUUUUUCUUGGCCUAAUCAUUCAACAAUUAUUGAUUUUGAUUCUGAAAAGAGCCCAUAAAUUGGCCAUGGACAUUUGGUGUUCUUUAACUUUAUUGAUGAAUGUGAAUAAUUUUGACUCCAUGCAAAAAUCAGUCAUGAGAGUAUCGUCCUUUGAUGAUUGGAAUAACUUACUAAAUUGGGCGAAUGUUUUUACUUCAUGUAUCAAUGAAACUAACCUGGAAGCUAAGUCUGCAGCUAUUAAAUCCUGGAGAUGCAUGAUAUAUAUCAAUGGAAAUUAUUCUAACUUUAAUGUCACAUCCAGUAAUAAUAACAAUAGAAUGAUGUUGCAGACAAGAAGCAAAUCUUUUUCAAAUACAUCAUCGCCCUCGAAAAACAGCGGAUCAUUUUCAAUUGAUAUUUAUCAUAAAAGAUUAACAAUAAUGAAUUAUCCCUUCACUUCAUUAGCUGUAUUUAGCAAUCUUUCAAAUGAAACAAGAGAUUUAAUACAUAACAUAUUUUUGCUUAAUGUUUAUUCCGUUAUUAACCCAGUUUCUUCAAGCCUAUUAUUGUCCUUAAAAUAUUUACUACCACUAUGGAAUAUAUUGGUUGAACCGGUUUUAAUGCAAUUCGUGGAUCAAAAAUCACCCAUCUUUUCAGUUAUGUUUGCUAUAAAGUUUAUAAGCAGAAUAAUUCAAACUUCUAGCUCAUCCAUGCAUAGCAAUUUGGAUCCUUUGAGAGUAUUGGGGAGCUUUCCUCUAUCAAUCGAUGAAAUUGUUUCGUUUCCCUCUAAAUGGGUGUAUGCCAACAACGGAAAAAUAUUUAAUAUUCUAAUGCCAAUAUUCCAAAAUAAACAUAUUUACUUUUCUAGUAAAUUGAUACUAUUGUUUUCUUUCACAAACUCUCUCAAAAGUAUAUUGAAGAAAGAAAAGGAAAUUUCAGAUAUUUCUGCUUCAAUAACAGAAAACAUCAUAAAUCUUCUUCGUUUAACAUUUGGUAGUGAUUCCAUGUUUGUUCAGUGUGAAAAGAAGAUUAAUCUUAAAUUGGAUAUGGCUAAGAAAAUUAUCGUAACAUUGCUUGAUACCUAUCUGAUUAGUAGUUUGAGCGAUAACAGUUUAAACUAUAACGCAAUUCAAAAAAUGUUUGAAUAUUUUAUUCAAUAUUUUCCUACAUAUUUGAAUGACUUAUUAAAAAGCUGUGUCAACCUAUUGAGCUUGGAAAAGCAAAUCAAAUUAUUUGAAAGGUUGGUGAGAAUAGACAACAUAGACAUAAACAAGUUUAUCAUUGCUAAUCUUGAAACCAAGAUAUUUGAUAGAAAAUUGGAAUUUUCUGAUUUUGCUUCGAUUGGUCUGAUAUUUAGUUCCUUGCAAUCGAAUGUUGCUAUUAUCAACUUUUUUAACUAUGUUUUGAGGUUUUAUGAGAAAAGAAAGAUUUCCAAAAUUGUGCUUGCGUUGAAUUUGAACAAAUGGGAGCCAAAUGAUUUUAUUAAUAUUUUAGAAAUGUUGGAUAAAUAUUAUUUCCUCAAACCUUUGAUACCGGAUCUCAUAAUAAGAAAGUUUCAAGAUUUUGAGGUCGAAUACAGUUUGUUCAUUUUAAAAAAUGUGAUUUUGAAUCAUCCAUUAACAUAUGACAUUAGAGAUAUUAUAUUGAAACAUAUAAGUGAAGAAAGUAACGACUUUGCUCUUCCCAAUAUUAUUUACCAACUUCAAGAAUUUUUCGUGAAACUUCUAAAUGAAUUAAGACUGGAACCGAAAACUUUUAUUUUAGAUUACUUUCUCUCACAGGGGUUAUGUUCUUCUAGAUUUGCUGUUGUAUCUGAAAAAUUCAUUCUUGAUGCUCCUGAGAUUUUAGACAGCUUACCCUUGUCUAAAAAGAGAUUUCUGAAAAGGUUAAGUAGAGAAUCUGCAGAAUCAGUAGACGGUAUUUCAAAUACAAUUAGUAAUAAUAUUGAUGGAAUUAGUCCCAACUUUGCCAAAGAAACAAAAUCUAGUGAUGAUUUGAAACCCAAUACAGAGGUGACUUUACUGUUAUCAAUAGUUGAGAAUGUUGUAAAACUGGAUGAAAGUAAACUUAUUUAUGCUUCAAAUAAUCAACAAAAUCAGAAUGCAAAAGAGCAAAUUACUUGUCCAACUAAUGCGAAAGAUCGUUCUGAUCUUGAACAGGAUGAAAUGGAUGAAGUUUCGAAUAAAACUGAAGUGGAAAUUUUGAAAGAAAGCCAAAAACAAAUUAAUCUGAUUUCUAAUUUAGAAUCACCACUACAAGUGCCUGAUAAUAAUUUUUCUCAAAGUUCCACCAGUAAUGUUUUUGAAAACCAUUUUGAUAAUAAAAAUGAGCUGGUUAUUAAAGAGAGCCUGGUAAAUAAUCAAGAACAUGAAAAAAAUAUUGCCCAGUCUUCUUCCAAUAGUGCUGGUAUCGCGAAAACUACUGAAAUGGAAUUUAUUCUCAACAAAAAUAUUGAACAUUUCCUGAAUGACAAACCUGUAUCUUCUGAAAAAAUUAACAACCCAGUAUCCAGAGUACUUGACCAGGACAAGAAUACCGAUGACAGGGUUUUAAAGCACAAUAAUUAUAUGGUUAAUACUGCAGAUGUUGGUAAAAUGACUUCAUCGAGAGUAAUGCGAAAAAGACAUGCGAAUGUACCAUCAAAUUGCAGAGAGUCAAGUGUGCCUAGUAUUAAUGCUAGCAAUGAUCAUGGGAACGUUAGGUUAUUAAAUUCUACAACUUUCAGUCAAAGAUUGAGUAGUUUUUAUAAACCAAAUGAAACAACAUUGAUUAUAGAGAUAGAAUCAGAUGAUGAGGAUGAUGAGGAAUAUGAUCAAGAGGAAGAUAGUGGAAACAAUGAAAAAGACACUGAUGAAUUUAAAGAACAAAGUACUUCCUGUGACGAAAAGAAUGAUAAUGAAUAUCUGGAUGAUUUGAGUAGUGAAGUUCCAGUACUAGUUGAGGGGCAUUUGAGUGAAAUUGAAAACAAUAAUAAUGAUAUACAUCAAGAAAUGGUGGGAAAACCAGAUUAUUCCAAGAAAAAUGGAACUGAAUGUUUAAAUAAUAAUAAUGGUGAUAAUAAAACAAAAACUGAAGAUCUAAAGCAAGAAAAAAAUAAUAAUUUGGAGUUGAUCAUAGGAAAUGGUAGAAAAGAUUCUAAUGAUGAUUUUUUGCAAAACAAAAAACAAAGAUUUUAUUCAAAGUAUUUUGAGGAAGCCGAUUACCAUAAAGUUAACAAGAAAAGAAAAAAAAGUAAAGUUAAUGGGAGAUUGGAUAAUGACCCAUUCAUUGGGUUAAAGGAAAAGAUUACUGGGGUAUUAAAGGGAAUUUCAGAUGAAGAUAUUAGUUCAUUAAGUAAAGAAGAAAAAUUUGAUUUGGACACAGAAUUGUUGAAUUUCAGCAGAAGACUUCGAAACUCAUAAAAGUGCGUGGGGCAAAAGAUAUCGAUAUCUAAAAUUUUCAGCUCGUUUUUAUUUUUAUUUAUCUUUGUAUUGUGGUAUUUUUUUUGCUUUGGAAGAUAUUCCAAAAAUACAUUCACUGCAUGAAAUUAUAUUAGAUACAAUAUAAUUUGUAAAAUUAUUUUUUUUUUUUUAAUUUCAAGAAAUAUGUAAUAUAUAUA